AGCCCUAAAACCUCUGCCUCGCCUCCAAGUUCUCGGACGCCUUGAUUAAUUAGGGCACCUUCCUCGGCGCCGCCUCUUGACUGUCAAUCCCUCACCAUCCUCCAGCAGGCGUUUGCCAAAUCAAUCAAUGGCCAGUGAUCCAGCUGCAGCAGCUGGUGGAGGGAACUUCGCUGGCCAGGUGAAUGUCCGGGUGGUUGUGGUGGGGGAGGCCGGCACCGGUAAGUCUAGUCUCAUCGUAACCGUCGCCACGGAGUCUUUCCCGGAGAACGUUCCCCACGUAUUGCCCCCAACUCGUCUCCCUUCUGAUUACUACCCGGAUCGCGUCCCCAUCACCAUUAUCGAUACCUCCUCUAGACCGGAACACAAAGCAAAGCUGAUUGCGGAUUGCAAGGCCGCCGAUGUCAUUGUCUUGACCUAUGCCUGCGACCGACCUUCCACCCUAGACCGCCUGAGUACUUAUUGGCUUCCCGAACUCCGCCGACUGGAGGUAAAGGUGCCAGUACUUGUGGUUGGAUGCAAGCUUGACCUCCGAGAUGAUCCACAACAAGUUAGUCUGGACCAGGUUAUGGCUCCAAUCAUGCAACAAUUCCGGGAGAUCGAGACAUGCAUAGAGUGUUCUGCCGUCAGACAGAUUCAGGUCCAAGAAGUCUUUUAUUAUGCUCAGAAAGCAGUUCUUCAUCCAACUGCUCCACUUUUUGAUCAGGAGACACAAUCAUUGAAACCUCGAUGCACAAGGGCCUUGAAAAGAAUCUUCAUCUUGUGUGACAAUGAUAGAGAUGGUGCACUAAGUGAUGCUGAAUUGAAUAACUUCCAGGUUAGAUGUUUUAAUGCUCCUCUCCAGCCAUCCGAAAUUGUGGGGGUUAAGAGGGUUGUCCAAGAGAAGAUACCUGAAGGAGUUAAUGACCGUGGCCUAACAUUGACUGGGUUUCUUUUUCUACAUGCUCUUUUCAUAGAAAGGGGCCGCCUAGAAACAACUUGGUCGGUCUUGAGGAAGUUCGGUUAUGAUAAUGAUCUUAAACUCAAAGAUGAACUCCUACCAACAACAUUCAAACUUGCUUCUGAUCAGACUGUAGAGCUGAGGGAUGAAGCAUUGGAUUUCCUGAAGGAUAUCUUCCACAUUUUUGAUAUCGACAGUGAUGGGGCUCUGCGACCUUCUGAACUCGAUGAGCUUUUUUCAACUGCUCCAGAAAACCCUUGGUCCGAAUCUCCUUACAAGGAUUCUGCAGAGAAGAAUGUUUUAGGCGGUUUGUCACUUGAUGGAUUCAUUUCUGAGUGGGCUCUUAUGACACUUCAAGAUCCAAAGGCUAGUUUAGCUAACCUGAUUUACAUUGGAUAUACUGGUGAUCCUGCUUCAGUAUUUCAUGUAACAAGAAAAAGGCGUUUGGAUCGAAAAAAGCAACGUACACAAAGAAAUGUUUUUCAAUGCUUUGUCUUUGGUCCUAAAAAUGCAGGGAAAACCACAUUGCUAAAUUCCUUUAUUGGAAGGACAUUUUCUGAGAAGUAUGCUCCUACAACAUCUUAUCGUUUUGCUACAAAUGUUGUUGAUCUUCACAAUGGCACUAAAAAGAUACUUGUAAUGCGAGAGAUACCUGAACAGGAAGUAAAAAACCUGCUUUCCAACAAGGAGUCUUUGGCAGCAUGUGAUAUAGCUGUGUUCAUCUAUGACAGUUUCAAUGAAGAAUCUUGGAAGAGAACGAAAGAAUUACUGGAGCAAGUUGCGCAUCAUGGAGAAAACACUGGCUUUGAAGUUCCUUGUCUUAUUAUUUCUGCGAAGGAUGACCUUGAUGCCUAUACCUUGAACAUACAAGAUUCAACUAGGGUAACCCUUGAGAUGGGAAUCGAGUCACCUAUACCCAUCAGCAUGAAAUUACGAGAUCAUAAUGAUGUUUUCUAUCGAAUAGUUAGUGCUGCACAACAGCCUCAUCUAAGUAUUCCGGAAACUGAAGCUGGCAAAAGCCGCAAACAAUACCGACGCUUUAUCAAUCAGUCUCUUGUGUUUAUCUCAGGUUCAUUGGGUAAAAAGGAGUUGAAGGAGUUGGGGUAACAGUUGGAGCUGCUGUUGCAGUUGCAGGACUGGCUGCUUAUCGAAUUUAUGCAGCAAGAAAGAACACGUCAGGUUGAUGUCACUAUCAUAAAAUGCGAUGGUACUCGGUUUGCUAUGUUUUGGAGCUUUCCCAAUCAUCAAGUUUUCUCUGGUUGUAUAGCAUCAGUGAACACGUAGCUUCCUUUUUUAGUUGAGUUUGUUAUUUUAAUGUUUCCUUUUAUACUUGAGGGUCAACAAAGCAAAACCAAUCUACUUCUAAUUGGUUUGUAAACUCACACUACUUAAAUCUAUGUUUUUUAUGUACUCAAUCACCGUGAUAAUAUAUAAAUUCUGAUAAUUUGGUGA